CAUCUUUUGGGCGAAUCAUCUAUCUCUGGAGUAGUGGAGUAAGGUUUUAUUCAUCUCCCUUUACUUUGUGCCGACUCUACUAUGCCUGGUCAGCUUCUUCCCCUUCGCCUGCUCAACGUUUCUGUCUCCACCCGCGGUUUCUCCUCCAUGAGACUCGAGCGCACAAGCCUUCAAUCGUGUCACGGAAUCUCCAUUCUCAGUCGAGCUUUCCCCUUCAGGUUGAAAUACGUUAUGCAGAGUGACCAGUUUAAAACUCGGAGGUUUUCAACCCGCUCGUUUAGUCCUCGGAAUGGUGGUAGUUCUUCUGCUCGUCGGCCUUCGGAUUUCUCGCGCAGUCGUGGCAUGGAGAGAGUGAAAUUUCAGGCUGGGAGUUUUGGCGGGAGAGGCGGGCAGGCAAAGAGUCUGGUUGAGGAUGAAGCCGAGCUUAGUGAUUGGAUCAGUGACUUGAAGACUGACUCUUUUCGUGUUCGGUUGAGCAGUGAGAGUGAUGAUGAUUCAGAUAUGGAUAUGGAUAGGAAUAGGGGUAGAGGUAGGGAUAAUGAUAGGGAUACGAGUAGGGGUAGGGAUUCAUUUUCUUCCACGAGAGGUGGGAGAGGCGGGAGAGGUGGAAGAGGUGGAGUUCAGUCUUCAAGGACGCGGAGAGAUUGUUUUUCGGAUGAUUUCGCUGCUAGGGAUCGGAGCAGUUCCCGUAGCCUGACGGGGUCUCGUUCCAAGAGACUAGUUAGUAGUGAAACAGAGGAAGAAGAGGACAAGCGUGACGGAUUUUCUUCGAGUAGGAGGGGCCGUGAAUUUCGAGGCACAGUUUCUUCUCAGGCGAAAAGAGGUGGAAGAGACUCUAAUUCGAACUUUGGAAAGGAACGCAGGGAUGCAAACUUGCAAAGAGGGGGAAGAGGUUCAAAGCAAUCUGUUAAAAUGUCGGAGGAUGAGGAUGAGGAUGAGGAUGAGGAUGAGGACGAGGACGAUGACCAUGAGAAGUUGAGAUACAGUAUUGGAGAUUUACUAAGUGGGGAGGAUAGUGAGGAAGAUGAUGAUAAAGACAUGUUAAAGAGUGCAAAAUCACUGCCUGGAUCAGCCAAAGAAGUUAAUGUGCAGCCAGUGCCUCGGAGUACAACUGGGAAAACUGACUCUCACCUGAGUCAGACUAGAUUUGAUCAGUGUUCCCUCUCCCCCAUGUCAUUAAAAGGAAUAAAGGAUGCAGGAUAUGAGCGAAUGACUAUGGUGCAGGAGGCAACUCUCCCUGUCAUUCUGAAAGGCAAGGAUGUUCUGGCCAAGGCAAAGACAGGCACUGGCAAAACUGUAGCAUUUCUGCUCCCUGCAAUCGAAGUUGUUGUAAAAUCACCUCCUGUUGAUCAUGAUCAAAAGAGACCCCCAAUUCUUGUGCUUGUUAUGUGUCCGACUCGAGAGCUUGCAAGUCAAGCUGCUGUAGAGGCUAAGACCCUGUUGAAGUAUCACCCUUCUAUUGGUGUACAGGUUGUAAUUGGAGGUACACGGCUUGCUCUAGAACAGAAACGCAUGCAAGCAAACCUUUGUCAGAUUCUAGUAGCCACUCCUGGAAGGCUAAAAGAUCAUGUUGAGAAUACUGCUGGAUUUGCAACUCGGCUGAUGGGAGUUAAAGUACUCAUCCUUGAUGAAGCUGACCAUCUAUUGGAUAUGGGAUUUCGAAAAGACAUUGAGAGAAUAAUUGGUGCUGUUCCAAAGCAACGCCAAACACUUCUAUUUUCAGCUACUGUCCCUGAAGAGGUCCGUCAAAUCUGUCAUAUUGCAUUGAAAAGAGACCACGAGUUUAUUAGCACAGUGGAAGAGGGUAGUGAAGAGACACACUCACAGGUGAGACAAAUGCGUCUAAUUGCUUCCCUAGACAAACAGUUCUCUCUACUAUAUCUUCUUCUCAAAGAUCAUAUUGCCGAGGAUGUUGAGUAUAAGGUUCUAGUGUUCUGCACAACUGCAAUGGUCACCAGACUUGUCGCCAACCUUCUUUCUGAAUUGAACUUGAAUGUACGGGAGAUCCACUCAAGAAAGCCGCAGAGUUAUAGAACCAGGAUUUCUGAUGAAUUUCGGAAGUCGAAUGGUCUUAUUCUUGUGACCUCUGAUGUAUCUGCACGUGGAGUUGAUUAUCCAGAUGUUACACUCGUUGUACAGCUCGGCUUGCCAUCUGAUAGAGAACAGUAUAUUCAUAGACUGGGAAGAACUGGACGGAGAGGGAAAGAAGGGAAGGGCAUAUUGUUGCUGGCACCUUGGGAAGAUUUCUUCUUAUCUAGUGUUAAGGAUUUGCCAAUAGAAAAGGCGUCAGCACCUUCAAUUGACCCAGACACAAUGAAGAAAGUUGAAAGGGCUCUAUCUCAGGUAGAGAUGAAGAACAAAGAAGCAGCAUACCAAGCAUGGCUUGGCUACUACAAUUCUAACAAGACUCUGGGGCGGGACAAGUGCCACCUUGUGGAGCUUGCUAAUGAGUUCAGCAGGAGUAUGGGGCUUGACAACCCUCCCGCUAUACCAAAAAUGAUCCUUGGAAAAAUGGGUCUCAGAAAUGUCCCUGGUCUUCGCUCUAAAUAGCAUUGAUUGAUCGAAAACCAGGUUUGGGGACUCAAGACACCCUUUCUGAGAAAAUUAUGACUCGGGAGAGUUACUAGCAAGGUAAUCCGAGUCAAGGUUAAGUUAAUAUAUAUGUUAAAUUUCGCUAGUAGGG